AUCAUUUCAAGCCGCGUGGAUACCACUUCAAAGAUUGUGGACGCUAUUAACUCGCUCCCCAAGGACAAACGCCCUUCGGUGCUUGUCAGCACAUCGGCUGUCGGCUUCUAUGGGACGAGUGAGACUGCCACCUUUGACGAAACCAGCCCUUCUGGCAACGAUUUCUUGGCAGAGGUGUGCAGGAAGUGGGAGGCAGAGGCGCAGAAAGUCUCCCCUGACUCGACCCGCCUCGCUAUAAUCCGCUUCGGAGUGGUGCUGGACAAGGGCGGCGGUGCUCUGGGCAAGAUGCUGCCCGUCUUCCAGCUCUUCGCAGGGGGCCCUCUUGGCACUGGGCAGCAAUGGAUGUCAUGGGUUCACCGCGACGAUCUAGUGGCUCUCAUCAUUGAAUCUCUGCGCAAACAAGGAGUUCAGUGGGGUGCUCAACGGCACGGCCCCCAGCCCCGCCCGCAUGGCUCAGUUCUGCGAGGCGCUAGGCUCCGCCAUCGGCCGCCCCUCCUGGCUGCCCGUGCCCAACUUCGCCGUGCAGACGCUUCUAGGGGAGGGAGCCAUGGUGGUGCUGGACGGGGCAAACGGGUGCUUCCCAAGCGUACAGAGAGCCUGGGCUUCCGCUUCAAGUACCGGAACAUUCAGAAUGCGCUCUCCGCCAUCUUCUCCUCUUGAUGCUGAGUCGUUACAGUGUUCUUCAGUGCCUCCCUUCUAAGUGGACAGCGAGCUUCGGCUUUCGGUUUACUUACUACAGACAUCCAGAAUGCACUAUGUGCUACCAUAAUUUUCUUGAGUGUCUGUCUUUACCCUCAAAUCUGUGCCAGCUUGUUCGUUCUGAAGAGUAUUGUCUUCUUGCGUCAGCCUUGGCUCUCCUCCAGCCAGUGCAUGGUGUAGCAGUAGAAAGUGAGCGGGUUUGUGGUUUAGGGAAUCUUGUCUUGUCAAAUGAAUAACUCACUACUAGAAAC